CGCCUCAAGAUCUUCAAUCCCGACCUCUGCACUUCCUCUUUGUCCCUCACAAAUUUAAAUCAAGCCAAAGCUCCAAACCAACGCCGACCCUUUGAGACCUCGAUCAGACUCCAUGAGCUCUUCUGCAGAGGCCAAGAAAUUCGCCAUAAGAAGGCUGUACAAGGACUGGAAGGAAAUCGAGCUAGAAAAGCAGUCCCUCGCGACCGUCUCGGCUCUACCCACAUCCAACCUUUUCGAGUGGCACUGCAAUCUGAGGCCCGACUAUGGGCCCUACACCGGAACCGUCUUCCAUUUGGUGCUGCGGUUCCCGCCAAAAUACCCACACGAACCACCCGAUGUUGAGCUCUGCUCCUGGCUGUCGCAUCCAAACGUCUGGAACUGGAGAGCCUCAGGAUAUGCGUUGUGUCUUGAUAUGAUUCAGAAGUACUACACUUCCACUCCCUACACCGGAUGGACUUCGGCGUACUCUGUUCUCUCCCUUCUCCUGCAGCUCCAAUCCUUUCUUUUCGCCGACAAUAUUGACCAGGACUACGGAGGUACCGCAAAGAGCAUCACGGAAUUCAGCGCAGUGAAGCGGUGCAUCGGCAAAGCACGCGAGUUCGAGUACAACAACAUUACCACCCACGAUGGAUCGAAGGUAAAACACACUCACGACAACCCAUGGCCGCCGCUGCCGGAGCCCACGAAAUCUGCCUUUCGAGGAGGACAGAGAACCGCCGUGGCGCCAGCCACAACGCCUCCUCCUCCACUCCCAUCCGACUUGUACACCAAGAUCUUCUCGUAUCUGGACCCACAAGGAUUAAUCCGGGCCAAACAAGUGUGCGCGCAUUGGAACGAAGUGGUGCUGUCGUAUAAUCUGUUCGAACGAACCCAGAUCAUGUGCUUCCACACCAAGGCUACCGUUGAUGACCAUGAUGCAAUUCUUGGCAUUGGCUUGAAAGCGAAGCACUAUCCCGAUGGCAAGAAUUUGAAAAUGGCAUCGUCGCCUCUGGACAUACUGUCCGAGCACGCCUUUGACCAGGAGCUUGUCCGGACGGGUGUGUGGGGUGGGGCGAAUGAGGCUUUUGACUACUUCUUGCCUCUUGUAUUGAACUCGGCACACGGCGCCAGGGCUGCAGAGAGGAUGGAACGAACAAUCCACUCCAUCAUGCCUUACUGCGACCUUUCUUCUCUGGUGGAAGACGCUCCGCGUCGUGGGCAUCGAUCGAGGGGACCGAGGGGACCGAGGGGACCUCAACGGCGAGAACAGCCAGCACAAACACAGGAAAGCCACCAAAAUUUCCAUCCACUCAUGGCGUUCCAACUUUUGGCCACCUUGAUGAAUUCCAUGGUUGUGGAACUGAUGAAUUCUGCACAAGGCUCCGGGGUCAGCCGUUUUGCCUCCGAAAAAGCCUUGGAAGGAUAUUGCGCGUUUCAUCACAUGCUGCUGUUCUUUGCCAAGAGGUACCCAAUGCUGAUUGAGUACGCGGAACAACAAGUUCAGCGUUUCAUCUCCGCCAACUACUACCGCCACAAGCGCCAAGUGCCGAAUCUGGGUGUCCUUCUUGUGUGCCUUACUCUCAGCAAAACAGGAUGGAACUCCCUUCGAAGACCCCUCGUGAUGGAAGCCUUUGAUCGGAACGUUCGUUGGAUCUUGCAGGAAUACCCCCUACUGGCGAAAGAGUCCCUCAAACCUGCCGACCGAUUGCUUUGUACUUUUGACGGGGCAAAGACGAGCCUCCGUCUCCUCAUGUUCCAAACCUAUUUCAUGUCGCGGAUUGGUAGGCCCGCUGGAGCAAAGGGCCCCCUGGAUGUUUUGGAUCAGUAUGACAGGCAAAUGGGAAAGCCCACACCGGAACAAAAGAGGGACUUGCAACGAACCGCCAAGGAGAUCCUGGCAGUCACCACAUGGCCUCAAUUCUUUCGACGGCUGGGUGGGUCUGUGCCGCCUUCUGCUCGCUUGGUUGAGAUUUUGAAAGAGGCCGUUGGCCACAGCGCUCGAAAGAGGUAUCAUGAUCCCGACAGGGCACAAAGGAUCCAAGAAGAAAAGGAGCGCAGGGCGGCAAGAAUCGAGCAAGAAGCAAGGGAAUUGGCGCGUCGAACCGCUCUGGUCAACGCUCGUAUUGAUGGGUUUUGGGAUCGAAGAGAGCAGAUGGCAAGGGAAAGGGAAGAGGCGGAGCGAGAACGGCACGCCCGUGUCGAGGCCGAACGGGCGGAGCUGGAAGAUGCGUUUGCCUUGUUUCGUGGAGCGAGAGAGGACGGACAUUGAGGCGGCGCCGAAGGGGGGCGGCGGGCGCAAAAGAUGCUUGUUGUCAUGUCGUCGUCAAGGCCCUGAUAAGAGAUUUAAAAAUACUAAGCAUCACGUUGCGCCUUCAAAGGUUUUUUUGGUUUGUGUUCUUUGGAGUGUCCUGUCAGUCGAGAGAAUGUCCUGGAUUGAUUCAUUCAUUCCUGUCGUUGGGUUGGUGAUUCCUCGACAAGAGGCUCUUGCGUGUCGUUGUCAAUACUUGGCGGCGGUGUGUCCUCCAUUGUGCUGGUCAAAGUUUCCUCGACAAGAGGCUCUUGCGUGUCGUUGUCAAUACUUGG